GCGGCGGCGGCGCAGCAGCUCGGACCCGGAGCCAUGUCGAUGCUGCCCUCCUUCGGCUUCACGCAGGAGCAAGUGGCGUGCGUCUGCGAGGUCUUGCAGCAGGGCGGCAACCUGGAGCGGCUGGGCAGGUUCCUCUGGUCGCUGCCCGCCUGCGACCACUUGCACAAGAACGAGAGCGUCCUCAAAGCCAAGGCGGUGGUGGCCUUUCACCGGGGCAACUUCCGCGAGCUCUACAAGAUCCUGGAGAGCCACCAGUUCUCGCCGCACAACCACCCCAAGCUCCAGCAGCUCUGGCUCAAGGCGCACUACGUGGAGGCCGAGAAGCUGCGGGGUCGGCCGCUGGGCGCCGUGGGGAAGUACCGCGUGCGGCGGAAAUUCCCCCUGCCCAGGACCAUCUGGGACGGGGAGGAGACCAGCUACUGCUUCAAGGAGAAGUCCCGGGGCGUCCUGCGGGAGUGGUACGCGCACAACCCUUACCCGUCGCCCCGGGAGAAGAGGGAGCUGGCCGAAGCCACGGGCCUCACCACCACCCAGGUUAGCAACUGGUUUAAAAACCGGAGGCAGCGCGACCGAGCGGCAGAGGCGAAAGAGAGAGAAAACACUGAAAACAACAACGCAUCUACCAACAAACAGAACCAGCUGUCUCCUCUGGAUGGGGCCAAGCCACUCAUCUCCAGUUCCGAAGAGGAGUUUUCGCCCCCCCAAAGUCCGGAUCAGAACUCCAUUCUCCUGCUCCAGGGCAACCUGAGCCAUGCCAGGAACUCCAGCUAUUCCUUGACCGGCUUAACUGCCUCACAGCCAGCCCACAGCCUCCAGCCUCACCAGCACCAGCUGCAGGAAUCCCUCUUAGGCCCUCUCACUUCCAGCUUGGUGGACCUGGGCUCAUGAGUUCGUCCCCCCACGCAAGGUGGGGCUUGUAAAUAAGGGAACUGUGUCAUACAUUUUUUUUCUCCCCUCCCUACAUCCCCCCGUUUUGUUUUUUCAGAAUGUUCC